CAAGUACUCAAGGAAAUACAGUAUUUAAUGUAAAUCAUAAGGACCUAUGACUGGAAUAUUCUUUAUAUAAGUUUCAGUAUUUUUAAAAUAGCGAUCAUUUUUUACAUGAUCUGUUGCGAGAAAUCUGUUGAAUUGGCGUCAAAAGGAUGCGAAGCACUCAUCGAAAGCAACGAUUAUAUCGAAGCCAUUGGUUUGCUGUCGAAAGCCAUUGAAGUGAAAGCAAAUGAUUACCGCUUUUAUGCGAACCGUUCGCUCGCUUUCUAUCGGAUGGGACGAUACGGACUGGCCUUAAAGGACUCGCAAAUGGCUGUCCAACUGAACGCCAAAUGUGCCGCUAAUUACGUACGAAAGGCCAGUGCUCUCAACGCUUUGGGUCGCUAUACGGAGGCAGAGGUGUCCGCUAAUACUGCCCUCAAACUGGACUCCCGCUCACGACUGGCCGCCUAUGAGUUGCUUUUGUCCCGUAAAAUGGCAUUCAUUUCGAUGGGUUUCGAUAAGGAGGACGUUAUGGCGAUGAUUGUCAACUGUCGGUCCAUUACACACGGCUUACAAAAACUUGCAAAACUUAUUCAAACGAAAGACUUUUAACUCUUAAUUGUUUUAUUUUCUUAUGAAU